UUUGUGUUGCACUCGUUGCAGUAGGAGGGUCCAUGUGCCAGAAUGACGUCGCUCUGACUUCAAGUCCGACGACUCCUUCGUUUGUUUUUAUUACUCUUUUUAUCUUGGGCCCGGAAUCGCUAAUCUGCAAAUUUGCGGCCAUAAUGUGAGAUCAUCUGCCGCUGUCGUCCGACCCGUCGCUGCCGUUCGUCCUGUCAGCAGCAGCGGCUCGCUGUGGAGGAUUACUAGUGAUAAUACGCAGUACACUUCUCCAGUGUGUCUAGCUGUCAAACUGACAACUAUGUAUUGGAAAGAGUAGACAGAACACAUUUGUUGAUAUUUAUUGACUUUGCUUUUUGCCCGUCUUUUUUUUUUUUUGUCCUCUGGAUUAUCGCUGCCCAGCAACACGGCCACCUGACAACUCUGAAUGUCGUAAUUAAGGUGAAUCAAUGAGCCAGCAAUGGAGACCAAAAGAUACCAAAGUUUCUUUGAUGGAAGUGAUACAGAGAACAGAUGGUCGCAGGUCCCCGGCACCAUGGAGCACUGCUGCAGCACAGAGGAUUCAAGUCUGACAAGCAGUGAUAUCCUGAUGGACAUAGUCAAUGUCAGCUGCCCUGCUGGAAGCCCGGCCACCGACUGCAAAGACAACAAUACAAAGAAGCAGGAGCAGCCAAUGCUUCGGCUCAGCCAGAACCAGCCAUUUGUUCUCCCACACUUCAACAACACUGUUCAUGGUCAUAAGCAGGAAAUGGACUCUAAGGAGCUUUCCAAGACUGUGGCUGAGUCUAUGGGCCUGUAUAUGAAUGCUGCCAGGGAGGCAGACUUUGCCUUUAGCCAGCAUGGGGGCAGUACCAGCCCUGGGAAGAUGUUUCCAGUUUGUGGACGGGCUCUAGAGGAGGCCCAGUGUGGUUCCACAAAGAGCCCCAAGUUAAAGCCAUUUGGUUUCCAGCAGCCCAGCACUACUCCCAGAGAAUGCACUACUGGGACUCCAGUUAACUCAGCUUCAAUGCUGGCCUCAUCUCUGUCCUGCAGCCCCCAGACCUCCAGCUCCAUCUCUAGUCCUGGGGGCAGCAACAAUAUGGUGUCGUCAACCACCAGUCCUCCUACGUGUUUUGGACCGGUGUGCUCCUCCGUCAGUAGUCCUGUUAGCCAGACAUCUUGUGCUGCAACACUGGCCAACAUCAAGCGCAGGAAUUCAGCCACAUGUAGCCCCGUGGAGUCCAGCACAGUGGGCUCACCACCUAUCACAAGCCCGCUCAACAUCAUGCGGUCCCCCAUGUCGAGCCCCCAGAGUAUGAGUAGUGUGAGAUCGCCUCCGUCCUGCAGCACUACCUGUAACAUUAGGUCAUCCGUCUCGAGCCCCACAGGUGGCAGCUGCAACAGCACUGCCAAUAAUUGCAACACAGCAAGGCCAUCCAUCUCCAGUCCGGCCACAGGGGGCGCCAUGGCUGUCAGCAGCCCACAGAACCCCUGCUCAGGUGGGUUUCCUGUGUCCAGUCCUGCUGGUGGACUGGGUUUGGUGCAGAAUGACACCAACAGCCCAGAAGCACCAGGUCUGACCAGAGACACGGACUUCAAGAACUUUGAAUUCCCUAAAGUAGAGAUGGUGGACGGGGAGGUUUUCAACGUCGGCUUAGACCAGAUGGGCAUGGUUAAGUACAUUAAGAACGAGCCAGGAACUGACUUCAGAAGUAUGUGUUUAGGCAGCUCCAAAUGUAAUGCGAGUAGCACACCUUUUAUCACACAGAUUAAGAGUGAGCCAAACAAAAAUGAGGGAUGUAUGAACCAACAGCCCUACAGUGAGCAGUCGCCAUCUCUUGGUCUCUUUCCUGCAUCUGAGACUACCUAUUUGUCCCUGAGGAAUAACAUUGAUGAAUACAGUCUUUCUGGUAUCUUAGGACCCCCUGUCUCCUCUAUGAAUGGGAACUACGAGCCCGAUGUGUUCUCCAACAAUGUCCUGUCUAAAGGGGUUAAGCAGGAGGCCAAUGAUGGCAGCUAUUACCAAGAGAAUAACAGCAUGCCAACAUCGGCCAUUGUUGGAGUUAAUUCCGGUGGACAUUCAUUCCAUUACCAGAUUGGAGCGCAAGGAACAAUGUCUUUCACGCGGCAUGAUGUGAGAGACCAGUCCAACCCUUUGUUGAAUCUAAUUUCGCCCGUAACGGCGUUAAUGGAGUCGUGGAAAUCUCGUCCGGGCCUGUCACAAGGGUCUCUGUCAGCCAGAGGUGAGGGAUACCUGGGUCAGAACUGCAUCACGGACAGCAUGUCGAGCUCGCCACUGAGACAACCGUCAUCAACGGCCAAAGUGUGCCUGGUUUGUGGAGACGAGGCAUCAGGAUGCCACUACGGUGUCGUGACCUGUGGAAGCUGCAAAGUCUUCUUCAAAAGAGCCGUGGAAGCAUUCUGCCGAGCCUCAGUAACAGGUCAGCACAACUACCUGUGUGCCGGGAGAAAUGACUGUAUCAUUGACAAGAUCCGAAGGAAAAACUGUCCGGCAUGUCGCGUAAGGAAGUGUCUUCAGGCCGGGAUGAACCUGGGAGCACGAAAGUCCAAGAAGUUAGGGAAGCUGAAGGGUGUCAGCGAGGACCUGCAGGGCUCUAAGGACGGCCAAACUGCCACAGGUGGCGUUGGAAGCGGGUACCUGUCCUCAGAGAAGGAGCUCAACGCCAGCGCUGCCAAUGCCCUGGUGCCCCACGGGCCUGGGGUGGUCACACCUUUUCUGCCGCCCUCCAUCUGCAGUGUGUUGGAGCUGAUUGAGCCUGAAGAGGUGUACUCUGGCUAUGACAACACUCAGCCUGACACCACUGACCACCUGCUGUCCAGUCUCAACCGCCUGGCCGGAAAGCAGAUGGUACGGAUGGUGAAGUGGGCCAAAGUACUUCCAGGUUUCCGGGGCCUGCCCAUUGAGGACCAAAUCACCCUGAUCCAGUACUCGUGGAUGUGUCUGUCCUCCUUCUGCCUCAGCUGGCGCUCCUACAAACACACCAAUGCACAGAUGCUCUACUUUGCCCCUGAUCUCAUCUUUAACGAGGACCGCAUGCAGCAGUCAGCCAUGUAUGACCUGUGUCUGGGCAUGAGGCAGGUGAGCCAGGAGUUUCUCCGACUGCAGCUCACCUACGACGAGUUCCUCUCCAUGAAGGUGCUCCUGCUUCUCAGCACAGUUCCCAAAGAGGGUCUGAAGAACCAGGCGGCGUUCGAGGAGAUGAGGGUUAAUUACAUCAAGGAGCUCCGGCGUUCAGUGGGAAAAGCUACCAACAACUCCGGCCAAACCUGGCAGCGCUUCUUCCAGCUCACCAAGCUACUGGACGCCAUGCAUGAUCUGGUGGGGAACCUGUUGGACUUCUGUUUCUACACCUUUCGUGAGUCCCAGGCCCUGAAGGUGGAGUUCCCCGACAUGUUGGUGGAGAUCAUCAGUGACCAGAUACCAAAGGUGGAGUCAGGCCUCACUCACACAAUCUACUUCCACAAGAAGUGACUCACUUAACAGUCUGGGAGAGAAGCGGCAUUACGAACUGGAAGAGAGGAAGAAGAAGCAGAAGAAGAAGAAGAAGAAGAAGAGAAAAUGUGCGAGAAAAUGGCCAGUCCAGUUGGCCCCCCGCACCAGGUCGCCCAGUAUGCCAGCGUCCUCGUCUUGGAUGGAAAAGUCAAGUGACGUGGUGACGGAAGUAAAAAAAGAAAAAAAAGAAAGGGGAGAACUGAUUUGACCCUGCAGUGACCACGAGCAGUCAGAGCUGUGAAUAGUUUGUGGAGUCGAGAGCGACACGCCGAGAAGGACUUGAGACAAAUGUGACAAAGCAUCCAGAAGUACCCCACCCCGUGUCCCCCCCGCCCCAAAGACGAUAACAGUAUUUUCUAUGGAGAUAAAGCCAUACAUUUCUUAGGAUGCGCUAGAUACAUUCACUGCACACACAGACACAGACACAGAAACACACACACACACACACACACGCACAUGUAGAGGGAAAUUGAUACACAUGCUGUCCACAUGCCUUCACACAAAUGCACAGAUGCACUCCACAUGCACUAAAAUCAGAUUCCCUUACAAAUCUAGAGAGAGUUUUUGCAAAUAUUAAAUGUGGCUUAUGCAGUCUUUCACAAAGAAUAGCACUAUUAAAAAAAUAAAUAUAAAAAAAAGUAUGCCAAUACUUAGAUUUCGCUUUGCAGUGUAGCAGCAUACUGCAAGACUACAGGGCAAAGGACAUUACGAGGAGGCAGACAUUCUAGACUGUAACGCGAAAGGUCUAUUUGAAUAUAAUCCAAGGGCUAUACAAGCGUCAUCAUAAGCUGAAUAAUUACAUUAAAAUCUAACGUCCAAUCUCAAUCGGUGUCAUAACAGCCAUCAUUAACAUCCACAUACUGAGUUUUUUAAUUAAAAUAUGUAGUAAAAACAAUCAAAACUAAUAUGCAAAAGUCCAAAGCUAAAGCUGUUUUGAAAUAAAAAAUGUCUCUCUUGUGUAAAGAAAGCUCGCACGUGAAGCUCCCAUGUCAUAAAGUCACUAUUUUAGGCAUUGUGGCGUAGAAUUAAGACAAUAUUGAUGGACAAUUUUACCUUUGUGCAGAAAUGGCCAGGAGUGCUGCAGGAUGGUAAACAUCAUGCAUUUACGGAAACGAUUUCAGUAGAGUCCGCUGGUAAUGGAUUUGACUGAGGUGCAUCCAUAGUAAUUGUGUUUUGUGUUAUCUCCAGAGCAGCUGUCCAAAUGUCUGUUUUUACUCACAAUGAAGCGAAACCAGCCCUUUGUGAACGGACACUUAUCUACUCUUCCCAGAAAUAAUAAAAAGCAUUUUAUAAAAGUGUGUUGCAAAGGUUUUAGUUUUUGACAAGCCAGUCAUUUUACAUUAAGGUGCUUCAUUUCUACAAAGCCAGGCAAAGCAUAACAUGUACAGUAACGCAUAGAAAGACAGUCCAUACAGACAGUACACUAUAUGGACGUGCAGUUUUAAAAACACACAUACUCUGUAAAGUUGAUAUAAUCCAAAAUGGAGCAUUACUCUGCAGUGCUUACAGCAAACGGCUAAUGUAUCAAAAACCAGGCAUACGUGUACAGGUAUUAACAACUUCUUAAACACAUUCUAUUCAGCGGUUGUACAGAAGAUGUUUUGAGGUACAUGUUGAUGAAUGCUUGAUGAAGAACUGUUGGUAUGAUCACCUUUUCCCGAUUUGGUUUAUUUCCUUAUCUUUGGGCCAAGUACUACUAUUUUAGGUAUGGCAGGCACAGUCAUCUAUACCAUUAACUUGUCUCACACCCCACUGAUUUCUGGGUGGUUGUGGAACACUACUAUGAUGCUACUGAAAAGCGAUAGAGCCGCUGGGGAAGAAGAACAGUGGGGGCGUGUGAUUGUUUUUUUUGUGCCCUGUGAGUGUGUAUUUACAUUUGUGUAUGGAGCGAGAAUGGCUUAAGUUUGUGUGUGUGUGUGUGUGUGUGUGUGUGUGUGUGUUUUUUUUUUCUUCUUCUGGCAAGCAUGUGCAUAGUUGAUCUGCUCUUUCAGUGUGGGUAUUAUGCAUUUAUGUUAUAGGAUUAGCCAUAUCCUAUUUCCACAUUUAGAUUUGCACAGAGGAGAUACAAUGUGAAAUGAGGCAUUAGUGCAGCUAGCAGGAAUUGUCUGUUUUGAUAAGCAACUGUGAUGAUGCAGGAAAAGACUUUCUGCAUGGUCACCCAGCCUAAAGUUAGACAACAUGACAUCAUUAGCACAGCCGGGUGCCGGUAUAAUGUAUUUGUGGCCACGGCGCUCGUCACGAUGGUGCUUGUGCUACACUCUGAGGUCUCUUUCUGUGCCGUGGUGGUAAUUGUGUGAAGAUUGGUGGUGGCAUGAUCGCAACUGUCAUUAGGGACUGUAUGAAAAUUAUUCAGGGGGUGCAGAAAAAGGGGGGAGGUCUGUGUGUAUUUUUAAUUUUGGCUCACUGGAGGGUAGUCUAUAUUUGCUGGGAGAGCAGAGAGGAGGGUGUUUCAGCUUCUCCUCAUCCCAGAUGUAUAUGUCUUUCAUUCAUUCUGAUGCUCGAGUCUUUAAGUUCUCAUGAUAAUUUUAAGUGUUCAUACAAAAAAAGAGACUGGCUAUAUUUUCACUAUUUUAUUUUGUUUGCCAUUAUUAUAUAUGCUGGAUUUACUGAGGGAGGGUCCAAAGAAAAUAUUGGUAACACUUUUUAUAUGAAGUCCAUGUUUAAAAUUCCUUAUAAACAUAAUUAUGAUGCAUUUAAAUGUGCUUAAAGUGCUGCACAAUUAACAUUAUAAGCAUAUUUUAAUACUUAGAAUACUGUAUAACAAUAAUCCUAGCACAUUAUAAAGCAUUUUGUAAUUUAAUCUAAAGUAUUAUAAUACUUUAUGAUUACUGGUCACACAGAGACAUUGUACUUGCAGGUCCCUGUCAUUAUAAACAUACAUAUAAUGCAUUAUAACAGCGAUUAUAAUGCAUUAUAAAAAUGUACACAACAAUGAGAAAUAUAAUUUAGCAUAAUCCUUGCAAAAAUAGUGACUUUUGAAUUUUGAAGUAUUAUGAUAUUUGACAUUAUAAGUCCUUAUAAAAUGCUUCAUCAUGUGUUACGAUUAUUGUUACAAAGCGUUAUUAAUAUUUAUGAGUGGUCAUAAUUUUCAUUAUACAGUAAUAUAAGAAGAUAAGUGUAAGAAGUGUUACCAAAAAUUAUAAUAAUGCUGUGUAUGGUUUAGUUGUUUGAUAAAAAAAAUUCAGUUCCUCCUCCCGAGCGCAAUAAUAAUUUUCGUACAGUCCUUUGUCAGAAAGGCCUCAUUUUACAAUCUGUCUUUAAUUGUGCAUUAUUGUGUUCAAGUUGUGAAGGACCCUGAAGCUAAUCUCUCACUGUUUCUUUAUUUUGCCCCCUUUUUUUGUCCUUUUUAAAGAUUAAAAAAAAACUGUCUAAAGGUUCAUAGGAUGAAUGGGAAAGUAUUUUUGAGAGAAUUAUAUUUUGCUGGAAAACAAUAUUUAAGUACUUUGUCUAAAAAUGAUAUCCUUUUUGUAAAAUGAAAUGUUAAUGCAUGCUUUUUGAUGAGAUGUUUACAUUGUAUUUAAAAAAGGGAAACUUGUGCCUUUUUAUCUCACCUGAUUUACAAUUUUACAGUAUAUAUUGUAAAUAAUACAGCAAGUCCUUAUGUUGAGUAUAGUAUAAAACAUUUCUACUUUAACCAUCUUGUUGGAAUAUUGGAAAAAAAAAUAUGUGUUUCCCACUCGCCAUGUUCUGUGUGUUGGAUCACAGAGAAGAACUUACAGUAAGGGUUGGCGCCAGAAAGGGCCAAAAAGAGAAAUGAAUGUAUCAUACAUUGUGAGAGACUUAUGGAACUUACUACCUGAAUGUUAGAGAGAGUACAUUUAUUAUCUUCUUAUUAAGUAAAGUUAUUUGAUUUUGCAUCUUUUUUUUUUUUUUUUUACUUUUUGCAUCAUUGUUCAAGUGGCUCAAACAAAAAAAAAUAAUAAUCAAAAAGUAUUUCUUAUUUUGUAACAAGAUGUAUCAAGUGAUGGAUCCUUGAGUUGUUGCUGUUGAAAUGAUUUCCUAACCCGUGGCGGUAUUGUUGAUGAGCACCACAAUAAAAUCAAGAAAUCACAAACUAUUGAAACUGGGAUACGUGAAAGAAAGUUCUUGACUUUUCAGUUUUAAAAUAGAAAACUUAAUGCACACACAAUAGGAAAUAAAAAGAUGGAUGUAGAGUCUGUAAACCUGAAGUUUAGUUGAUUCAAAUUGAACUGUUUUUUUUUUUUUUUUUUAAGUUUUUCACCAGUUAUGAACUGGAUAUAUUGCACUAACUGCCAAAAUAAGUUUAAAUCAUAAUAUAAACAAAUUCGUCCCAAAGAAUGGAAAUGUAAUCAAUCAAUAAUGUUCUCAAGCCCCUCAUGACCCUUCUGCACUCCAGAAAAACAGGCUCUGACUGUUGGCUAUUACUUUUUUUUUUUAAGGAAUAGUUUUGGAAAAUAUACUUAUUUGCUUUCUUGCAGAGAGUUAGAUGAGUUGAGUUUGACUCUCUAAUGUCUGUAUGGUAAAUAUGAAGCUACAGCCAGGAGCUAGCUUAGUUUAGCAUAAAGACUAGAAAUUGGGGGAAACAGCGAGCCCUACUCUGUGAAGAUGCUCUUUAACAAAAGAUGACACGUUACAAGCUGCACCAAUUGGUAUAAAAUGCAUUGAAGUAAGACAACGGGAUACAUCGUUGGAGGUGGGGCCUGUUCAUUCCUAUGAAAGUAGAUUCAGGACCUGCAGCUAGUCUCCUAAAGGGGUGAAAAGUGUGAAAGUGGUGAAACCCAUGUGCCACCGAUCACUGAUGAGGAAACAGCUCAUUAGUGUGCUGUCUCCCUUUUGAAUCGUACCUGUUAAACUCAACUUAAUGUGUAGUUGAAAAUGUAUGGGGUGUUAUGUGCCAGACUGCAAGGAAGUCAUUGCACUUGGCCAGGAAAUAGUCCAGCACAUAACCCCCUAGUAAUCCCCAAUUUGUCAUUUUUAUACAAAUUAAACAAACAAUAUACCGCCAGGCCAACUGUUUCCCCCCGUUUCCAGUCAUCAUGCUAAGCUAAGCUAACUGUUUCCUGGCUGUAGCUUCAUAUUUACUUUACAGAGUGCUAUCAAUAUUCUAAUCUAACCCUCUGCAAGAGAGCAAACAAUUGUGUUUCCCAUAUUGCCAAACUGUUCAUGUAAAGGAACUAAAUUAAUGAACCGUUUAUUUAUUGGUCAUUAAUCACACACCCACUGCAAAAUAAAAAAAAACUUUUCUCUUAUCGAGGGACAAAUCUUCAAAGCUGUCUCCUUCUAAAUGAACUCCUUUCAGGCAUGAAUUACUCAGAAUGUGUUCAACUGCUGUUACACAGUACACUAUCUCGUCACUGUAUGUGGAGUCGCGUCAUUACCAUUUUCUGUUCACAGUGAUGAAUCGGGUGUAGAGAGACUAAGCCAUAUCUCCACAGCCAUGGCAGUGCAUUUCUUAUUAAUAUAUAAAUAUAUACAAAUGUUUGUUUUUUUUCCAAUUCCAAAAAUGACUUUUUACUCAGAUGCUUUGUACAAUAUUUCUCAGCAACUAUCCAGCAAACAUACAGUAGACAUCCUUUCACCAUAAACCAAUAAAACCAGUUACUACUGUAUAUCUUGAUGCAGAUAUUGCCAUACUUGUGUUUGCAAAACUAUUGCAAGAUUCUAAUAAAACUGUUAAAUUGAUCAUUUGA